AUGGCUUUCUCCACUACGACUAAGAAAGCGUUCAAAGAUCACGACGCGAGCAGCACGGAACGGCAUGCGAAAUUAAAGGAGAAUAUGGGGACGAGAACGAAAACAGGGGGAAAGGGGAGGAGUGUACGGACCAGGAGGCUGAACCCGGAGACGUUGGCGAGGGAGGUGGCGAUGGCGGCGGAGGAGAGCGGGAGCACGCCGGGGAGGUGCCCCACCAUCAUGUUGGACGACACCUGGACGGCGUACUGCGACAGGUUCACCACCACCAUGGGCAGGGCCAGGUACCCCACCCACCCGGUCUCGCGCGCCCACCGCCUCCACCACGCCUGGUCCUCCUGCGCCGACCGCGGUAGCAGCAGCGGCCGCGCGGCCUCAUCCUCCUCCCUCGCGGUCGCGGCGGCCAUCUCGGGCUCGCCCGUCCUCGGCCACUCUCCCGGUCUCGGGUCUCCCCAGGGCCCAGGCGCCUCUCUCGCUCAGAGCUGUAAGUUUGGAGUUGCAUGA